ACCACCCAAAAUCGUCGUAUAAAUUCUGCUCAGAACUCUGAUAACCCUAGCGACCCUAAUCCUCAAAAGCUCUCACCUUUCUCUCCUGCUCUGCGCCUCCCAACUCUCCCAAUCAUGGCGGACGUUGAGACCGAUGUGGCGGCGGCCGGAGUCCCGAAGAAGAGAACGUUCAAGAAGUUCAGCUUCCGAGGCGUCGAUCUCGACGCUCUGCUCGACAUGUCCACUGACGAGCUCGUCAAGCUCUUCCCUGCUCGCGCCCGCAGAAGGUUCCAGAGGGGUCUGAAGCGCAAGCCCAUGGCUUUGAUCAAGAAGCUUCGCAAAGCUAAAAGGGAGGCGCCACCUGGUGAAAAGCCAGAGCCAGUACGUACCCAUCUGCGUAACAUGAUCAUAGUACCAGAGAUGAUAGGAAGCAUUAUUGGUGUUUACAACGGAAAGACUUUCAAUCAGGUUGAAAUCAAGCCUGAGAUGAUUAGUCACUACCUUGCUGAGUUCUCAAUUUCGUACAAACCCGUCAAGCACGGGAGACCUGGUAUUGGUGCCACCCACUCUUCAAGGUUCAUUCCUCUGAAGUGAGAUGUGUGCCAGCAGCAGCAGUCUAGAUAUCUGGUUUGUAUUAUUGCCUUAUUUUCACAAGACUGGAUGGUGAUGCAAUUUUGUCCUUUUCUAAAUUUUAUUCCCGUUCUGUGAUUUUUGACGCUGGUCAUAGCAAACGUUAUUAUGUAUUGGUAGUUUUGAAUCGAAGCAAAGAUACUUGCUAGA